CAAUGUUCGACAAGGAUGGAGGAGGAACCAUUUCAACAAAUGAAAUAGGUAAUCUGAUGAAAGAAUGUGGAGAAAAUCCUACUCCUUAAUAAUUGAAAGAAAUGAUUGAAGAAGUAGAUGUUGAUGGAAAUGGAGAAGUAGAUUUUGAUGAAUUUAUUGGUUUAAUGGGUAAAAGAAUGAGAGAAGAAGAAACAAAUGAAGAAUUGAAUUAGGCAUUUAAUGUACUUGAUUUAGAUAAAGAUGGAUUUCUAUCUAAAACAGAUAUAUAAUUAGGUUUAGUUAAAUUAGGUUAGUAAAAAUUACCAGAUAAUGAUUUAGAUGAACUAUUUUUAAAAGCUGAUUUAGAUAAAGAUGGCAAAUUUAGUUAUGAUGAAUUUAUUAGAUUUAUGACUCCUAAAUGA